AUUUUAGUCAUUUACUCGUUCGGAUUUUAGAAUUUUAGAAUUUUAGAAUUUUAAGAAUCUUGGAAGGAACAAGAAAGCCGACCAACUUAAAUCAUAUUUUCCCCCUCAUUUUUCCAACAUUUGAACAUUGAAGCUUCUCAACGUUGAAUCCCGAACUGUUUAGAAAGUCACUCCUUUCCAAAUUCAAUGUUCUUUGCUUAACCCCGCGCCAACCUCCGCCCUACCGCUCGGUCAUCUUUCACCUAUCCUAUCCUAUCGUACUUGAACGGUACUUCAAGUUGGUAGAUAGUACUGUACAUACAAGGAAGGUAUUUACGUAUUGUUCAACGCUACUACCCUUGUGUACUUUAUUAUUUUUUAAAACUUGUACAAUUCGUUAACAACAUUUGAAACUCUUCGUUAUUCUCAUUAUUCGUUUAUCUUUAUUUUCUAGCCUUCUAUUUUUCAUCUUCACUCUUCACUUCUCUCUCUUCUCUCUCUUCUCCUCUCCUCUCUCUCCCCCUCCUCUCCUCCUCUUCGGCACUCGCACCCUCCAUUCGGAAUUAUUGCGCGCGGGUCGUAGCACAAUUUGCAUCGAUAUCCAUCAAUUAUGAAACAUAAUCAUGGUGGAAACCAGGACUGUGGCGUCGAGAAUAUUCAGCAGGAUGGAGACCCUGAACCACAACGCGGACGCGGCUCCACGAGGAGCUCCAAACUCUCUGCACCUUUACGAUUGCCCAAGAACCGGAGCACUGGGAACCUCGCUAUCGUGGCCGAGGGUCCCGAGAAACCCAGGCUGAGGUUCUCUUUCGACUCCGGAUCAGGUGUAGCCGAAUCUGACCAAAUCACAAGAUCUUCCAUAAUCACUGAGCACGACCAUGGUUUGGGCAUCUCUGGUUUACGACGCAUCCGUCAACAUCCUAGCCCGCGUACGCCUACCAUGCCUUCGACCGCCGUUUCUUCGCGAAGCCAAUCCACCGGCAUCCAUCGCUCUACCUCGAUGACUAUGAUGCUGCCUUCGGGGCACCAUACUCCAUUAACUCCCGGUCCCUCCUCUCCCAACUUUACCGAAGACCUAUCCCGGUUCCCUUCCGAGUCACUGCACUCCUUCUCCUUCGCGCACCAAUCCGAAGAUUUCAUACACAACCGCCAGAAUGUCUUGAAAAGGUCUAUAGAGUUCAUGAAGGAUCGCAUGGGAUGGUCUGUUGCGUCUAAUGCUGGCAUUGCCAGCGCCCAGGCCAGAGUGUCCGGCGAUAUUGAAACCCAAAAUAUGCUUGAUCUACUAGCUAGGGCCCAACUCGUUGGAGCUGGUAAUCUGCCGAAUUUUGAUCCUUCCCUCGUUCCCGGCCCGUUGAGCGGGCCUGCUCAAAUGUCUCACGAUAACGUAUUCGAGAAAGACUUCAUACCACGGACGAACAGCCCCGAGUCCUUCUUAGCUCCGCUCAUAUCCCCUUCACCUACCCAAGAGCUUGGAACCGAUGAUGUAGGUACUGCUAAGGUGCAGCCUACCAGGGGCGAAAAGGACCAUCCAACGUCGAAAUCGCUUUCGAAACAAUCGGAUACAUCACAAGAUCAAACAGAGUCUGAGAACUCUUCGAGAACGCCAACGAAUGAGAGCGGCACUACCGCCAAGACAUCACCCCCAACGUCCAAGCCCCCAAGUUUACGGAGGACAAUAACAGACAUAGGUUCAGCAGAGGUUCAGCAAAAACUUAUAGAUACCAUGGCACAGCCGUUUCUUUCCGCGUCGACAGAAAAUUACCCUCAGGCAUUGAUGUCUCCGAUCUUUCCGUCACACGCUAUGGGUUCAUCGCUCAACACGCCCGGAGCUCUAGGACCAUCAGUGCAUGGUCAUGCAACUCGAUGGGUUCCUGCAGCGCAGGCUAUCUUCACGACAGAGUCCAAACCCCCAUGGACGAUAUUGGCCGCCAAUGACUUGGCUUGCCUCGUCUUUGGUGUAACGAAAGCUGAGGUUCGGAAGAUGGGCAUUCUGGAAGUUGUACAAGAGGAGAGGCGGGCAUGGCUGGAGCAGAAACUCCUACAUUCCAACCCUAACGACGUGAGCCAAUCACCUGCAGAAACCGUGCCCCCGCCUGUAUCUUCCGUUGGCUCCUCACUGUUAGGGGGGCGCGGUGGUAUCACAGCGCAUCUUUUAAGUAAACCUAAUUCUAGGUCACAGCCCCCGAAAACUCCAACGCGACGCGCACAGACUGUUCAUAGUGGGGACACAACGCCAUCGAAAUCCCGAGUUGCAAGCCACCGGAGCUCAAAAUCUAGGGGAGUACUGCUCUGUGGCGAUGUUGUGCCUAUCCAGAAACGCAACGGUGCAACGGGCUCUGCGAGCCUGUGGGUCAAAGAAAAAAAAGUUGGGUUGAUUUGGGUUCUCGAGGAGAUUCACGAAGAUGUAGCUCUAUUGAGGCUUGAUGAUGACGGGGUAGUUAUCAAUAUCUCGGGAGAUACGGGGCCCAUGUGGGGAGAUGAAGAUUUGCAACCCGGUAUGGAUAUCGGCAAGUUGAUUCCACGUGUACCGCGUCAAGGUAUCGAUCCACGGUAUGGUGCAAUCGAUUAUGCCCAGAUCACGAAGCGCAAGUACUUCACCUGCCGGCACAGUGACCAAGUCAACAUCCCCGCCAUAGUCUCUCAGACAAGAGGUCAGACAGAACUUCGUGUUUCAAGCUUCCCUCAUAUGGCUGGGAUCAUUGUGGUCUCGCCCGAUACUCUCAGAAUCAAAAGUUCAAAUUCCGCAUUUUGUGGGGCUCUCUUUGGGUACGAGAAGCCAGAGGGACAGUCAAUCGAGAAUCUCAUCCCAGACUUUAAUAAAGUCCUCGAGAUCGUAACUAACCACGAUGGGGUGCAACUUCAAGACGGUAUUGUGAUACCUGAACAUAGCUUUAGGAAAGCAGCGACUCUGCUGGCCCUACACAGCGGAAACCUAGAUGCUGCUGCUACGUUUCUAAACCCUGAUGGAUUGCCAGCUAAGCACCGCGACGGCUCAGAGCUGAAAAUUGACGUUCAGAUGAGGGUCGUCAAGAGUGAGGCGCAAUCUGGGCACGAUUCGGGCUCAAGCGACGAUGAGUCACACAGCAGCGACGUGGCUGUGACGGCGGUCGAAUCAGAAGUAGUUUAUGCGUUAUGGAUCACAUACUCCCGACAUUUGCACACAUCUAACAUCAGAUCAUCAGGUGCUGCAGCAUUACGAUCUCCGAUAGCCUCUGGAGCAGCGUCGCCAUUACAUCAGCCUUCGCCUGGCCAAACACCAGCACAUACGCCACAGGACAUGAACUCGGAUACGGAGGAAUCCAAGUCACGUCCUACUUCUGCCGCUUCAGCACUAUCACAGCAACUUAAGGUAGUUGCGAUGACUGCAGCCGCAAAGAUCUCUGGAGCAUCGAAAAUCUCAGAUAAAACACAAUCAGCAAACCCUCAGGCCGACGCACCGCCCCGGAAAAAAACGAUUGACGAUUUUGUGAUAAUAGAAGAUAUGGGCCAAGGUGCCUAUGGUCAAGUGAAAUUAGCAAGGUACAAAAACAACAGUGCAAAGAAGGUUGUGCUGAAAUACGUGACGAAGCGGCGGAUCCUUGUUGAUACUUGGACCAGAGACCGACGCCUAGGCACCGUACCUCUCGAGAUCCAUGUUUUGGAUUACCUUCGAAGAGAUGGGUACAAACACCCCAACAUUGUAGAAAUGGAGGAUUUCUUUGAGGACGAGACGAACUAUUACAUCGAAAUGGCUCCCCAUGGAUAUCCAGGAAUGGACCUCUUCGAUUAUAUCGAGCUGCGCACAAAUAUGGAGGAAGAUGAGUGCCGAAGCAUCUUCGUCCAGGUUGCUAGGGCAAUACACCACCUCCAUACCAAGGCGAAGGUGGUUCACCGUGAUAUCAAAGAUGAGAAUAUUAUUUUGGAUGGCGAAGGAAACAUCAAACUCAUCGACUUUGGAAGUGCGGCAUAUAUCAAGAGUGGGCCAUUUGAUGUUUUCGUCGGCACCAUUGAUUAUGCGGCUCCGGAGGUACUGGGGGGUCACCCGUACGGUGGCAAAGAGCAAGAUGUGUGGGCUUUGGGAAUUCUGCUUUAUACAAUCAUCUAUAAGGAGAACCCGUUCUACAGCAUCGAUGAGAUCAUGGACCGCGACCUGCGAGUACCCUACGUAAUCAGCGAUGAAAGUAUCGAUCUGAUCCGCUGCAUGCUGAACCGCGAUGUCUUGGCACGAUAUGACAUUGAACAGGUGAUUCAGCACCCCUGGUGUCAAAUGGAUUGAAAAGAUGAAAAGAUGAUGGGAAGGGAAAGCUGGGUUAUCCGAUGAGGUUCUAGGAGUUAGGGAAAGGGAGGAAAGAGAAUUCGGAGGGGAAGGAAAUGGGGCUCGCACUUUUUUUUUU